AUGAGGAUUUUCAUAGCCUUUGAGGGAUCUUUUGAACCUUUUGAAGUCUCAGCCGAUGAAACGGUGGGGGCUGUGAAGCUGAUGGUAAAGGUGCUAUCGCUUUUUCCGGACUGUUUCCACAUUCCCCUCUCUGAAGACGAACGAGGCAGGCAGUUUCUGGAGCUGUCGUAUGCUGGAGCAGCCCGGAGGGACGGCUGGGGUCUUGCUGAUGUCGGAAUCUCCGUUUGUUCAACUCUCAAAUGCUUUGCGAAGGACGAAGAGAAGCCCGCUCUCUACCUGUUCAGUGCUGUUACCCAAGAGACGAUGUCGAUCAUGGAGAGCACGGCCCUUCUUGGUAAAAAAGUGUCUGAGCUGAGAACACUGAUCUCCCUGAGAUGUGGCUUCCCCGUGAGUGUCUUCUGCCUCCGGACCCCAAGGGGACUGGAGAUGUACGACUGCAACACCCUCAGGGACUAUCACACUGACAUCGGCACAACGCUUCGCCUGGACGUCUGGGACGGAUGGAAGGAGUUUCUGAUGGGUUGUCUCCUCGGGCAAAAACGUCAAGUCCAGCGCCACUUAUCAAGUGAAACACCAGUCCUGAAGUUCCAGAAGCGGGUGGCCCUGUACGUCGCCGCCUCUUACGGCCACAUGGAGCUCCCGAAUGCGCCCUGCAGGACGGGGUGCGGCCCGGCCAGGCGGUGGGGGGUGGCUUGGUGCCGCGAGGCCCAGCAUGCCGAUGUCUCCAAGUGUCCCAUUCAUGCGGCGGCGGAAGCGGGCCAGCUGUCCACGCUGAAGGCCUUUGUCAACCACCGUGCGCUGUCCCUGGGAGGCAGACCGGCGGCGGGACAGACGGCCCUGGGCCUCGCGCCCAGACACAGGCACAAGGGCUGUGUGGAGUAUCUGCUCAGUCAAGUGUGGUCCCCGGUUUCCUUCCGGAAGGUUUCAGUCCCCAUGCGGAUCUACAUGAAGAUAAAACAGGGGGCCCUUCGAGCCCAGAGUCACGACCUUCACAAAAGACAGCUCCGUGGGGCGAGGCAAGGGGCAAAAGUUGGAGACACUGGGAUGGUGGAUGGUUUCACCAAACCAAGAAUGACCUCCAAGAGCGGGCAUGAGGCGGCAAGCAGGGACUCCCCGAGCUGCAAGGGCAAGCUGCCGCCUGGCAGGGAGCAGGCCAGUCCUCUGGCAACCGCACAGCCGGACACCAGGGGACGCACCCUCCGACUUCCUCUGCUGGACGAUACAAACACCCCCUCCGAACCACGACAUCGACGACAAAAUCGGAAAACUAGGAAAAGAGAAAAGCUCGUAAAAAAUGCCUCCCUCCUCCAAGCCCCCCGCCCUCCUCUUUCACGAGUGGGGUAUUCACACCCAUCCUUUUGCUGGGCGACGCCCGGCGCUGGGUUUUCGCUCGGGUCCUCCGUGGCCUCUGUCUCGGAGCGCAGCGGGAGAACGCCUCGGACAAGCGCCCUCUACUGCCGCGCUGCGGCCAGGUGA